GACACCGCAGCAUCCGCCGCCGCCGCGCCAUGGCGCUCGCAAGGCAAGUGCUUUGUGUCUCUGCUUUCCUGUGGCUGCCGCUCGCUCGCGCCGAGCCCAUCCGCUACUCCGUAGCCGAGGAGGCGGAAAGCGGCUCCGUGGUGGGCGAGCUGGCGGAGGAUGCGGGGCUGACGCCGGCGCAGCUCUCGGCUCGCCGCGCCCGCCUGCUCUCGGAGGACGGCCGGCAGCAUUUUCGCUUAGAGAGCGCCUCCGGCCGCCUCGUCGUGGCGGGGAGGCUGGACCGGGAGGAGCUGUGCGCCCAGUCCGCCACCUGCAUGCUCCCCUUCGAGCUGCUCCUCUCCAACCCCCUCCAGUUCUUUCGGGUCGAGGUGACUCUGGACGAUAUCAAUGACCAUUCGCCAAUUUUCUCCGACGAACGAGUCACUUUUAAGAUCGUGGAAAAGAGUGAUCCGGGAUCACUUUUCCCACUGGAGGUGGCUCAGGACCUCGAUAUUGGCAGCAACGCAGUCCAGGCAUACAGCAUCUCUCCCGAGAACGAGUAUUUUAGUGUCUCCUAUGGUAGUCGCAAUACAGGCAAGAAGUAUCUUGAACUGGUCCUGGAAAAGCCACUAGACCGAGAGGAGCAGGAAGAGAUAGGGUUCAGUGUUAUUGCCGUGGAUGGGGGCUCUCCUCCAAGGACUGGCACUGCUGAAGUGAAAAUUAUCAUUCUAGAUGUAAAUGACAAUGCCCCCGUCUUCACGCAGGAGGUGUACACAGGGCAGGUUUUGGAGAACAUGCCAGAAGGCUCUCUGGUUCUGACUGUGCUAGCAACUGAUGAGGAUGCAGGAAUUAACGGGGAUAUCUCCUAUCAACUGAGCCAGGCAGUGGGACAGAGGGACUCAGCAUUUGUGAUUGAUCCCGUAAAUGGUGAAAUUAAACUCAAAAAACCUCUGGACUUUGAGGCAGCACAAACCCACGAGCUCAGUGUGAGAGCCACAGAUGGUGGAGGGCUCUCAGCAAUCUGCAAGGUGUUGGUGGAGGUGGUGGAUGUGAACGACAAUGCCCCAGAGCUGGUGGUCAGUUCCUUCAGCAGUCCCCUCCCCGAGAACACAGUGCCCGGCACGGUGGUUGCCCUGUUCACGGUCAGGGACCGGGAUUCUGGUGCCAACGGGAAGAUCUCCUGUGCCCUGGAGGAUCAGCUCUUCUUCUCCCUGCGGCCAGCCUAUAAGAAUUACUACGAGCUGGUGACAGUGAGCGCGCUGGACCGCGAGGAGACGCCUCAGUACAUGCUCAGGGUCACGGCAGCAGAUGCGGGCUCGCCCCCUCUCACAACCACGCACACCUUCACCGUGGACAUCUCGGACGUCAAUGACAAUGCGCCCGUCUUCAACCAGACCUCCUACACCAUGUACGUGCGUGAGAACAACGUCGCCACGGUGUUUGUAGGAGCCGUGAGCGCUGCAGAUGCUGACGUGGGGCUGAAUGCCAAGGUGACCUAUUGGCUGGCAGCAGAGCAAGGGCCAGAGCGGGCCUGGUGCUCCUGCAUCUCGGUGAACUCGGAGAACGGACACGUGUUUGUGCUGCGGCCCCUGGACUACGAGCACUUGAGGCAGAGCGAGGUGACGGUCAGUGCCUCUGACGCGGGCUCUCCUCCCCUCAGGGCCAACGUCACCGUCCGCCUUGUGGUGCUGGACGAGAACGACAACGCACCGCUCGUGCUCUACCCGGCCCAGGAGAGCAGCCCGGCCUCCAGUGAGCUGGUGCCCGUGUCGGCCGAGGCGGGCUACCUCAUCAGCAAAGUGGUGGCCGUCGAUGCCGACUCGGGACAGAACUCCUGGCUCUCCUACCACCUGCUGAGGGCCACCGAGCCGGGGCUCUUCUCCGUGGGCCUGCAGAGCGGCGAGGUGCGUCUGAGGAGGCCGGUGACAGAGAGAGACAGCGUCAAGCAGAAGCUCCUUGUGCUGGUCAGAGACAACGGGCAGCCCCCGCUCUCAGCCACGGCAGCUCUGAGCGCUCUCCUGCUCAAGGACUUCUCCGACGUGCGCCUCCCUCAGGGCAGCCCGGCCACCGAGGAUCAGGACGCCUCCCUGACCACCUACUUAAUCCUUGCCCUGGUCUUUGUCUCCCUCCUCUUCCUCAUCUCCACCGCAGUCCUGCUGGCUCGCAAGGUGUGCCGGAGGAAGGAGCUGAAGGCCGGCCAUGUGCUCUAUGCUGCCGACACCUUGCAGAGCGGCCUGGCCGAUGCAGCCGCCGCAGGGACCCUGCCCCGCCCCUAUUGCUACGAGAUCAGCCUCACAACGGGCUCGGGCAACAGCGAGUUCAGAUUUCUCAAGCCCAUCCUGCCCAGCCUGCCCCCACAGCACUGCGCCGUGGGCCAGGGCCCCGAUGAGGAACAGGAUUUCCCCGCUGUCCCUGUCAGCACCGAGGACAUGGCCCCAGACAAUGCUGGCACUCUCUCUGCAGGACAGUUCAAUGCUCUUUCCUUCAACUAGCUGGGGUAGGAACAGACAGAGGCUUCAUGGCCCUUGGGAGGAAGAUACCCUGCCUGCAGCACGUGGCAGUAGUACCUCUAGACUAAAUUUGUAUUUUCAUUUGGUGUGAUUAAUUUCCUGCAAAUUCUAAUUCAGAAUAAAUAUUUUCUUCCACUCCAAAACACAGACAGGAAAGACAAGGAUCUCAUGUUCUCACGCUGAGGCAAUAGUAUGUUUCACCUCUUAUGGUCAUUUCUGGGAGCGUUUAAGAAUGGGGUUACCUCUCCAGCUAUGCUGUUGUCUCUCUUUCUGUCCAACAAGACAGUGGUGCUUUUCUUCUCAUCUGGGACACCAGGGCACAAUUUUGCAGUUUAUGAUCCAUCUUCUCAUUGAUAAAAUUUAGAAAUUUCCCAGCUCGGGAAAGAAAAUAGAUUGAGAGUACAGUUUCACAAUGUUGUUUGACGACUGGGCUCUUUCUUCCCUGGGUUCUGAAUGCCUCUCUCUGAGAUGUGUGGGUUCCAUGUGCUUUGGUUUCCUGUCUGUCAGUCAGUCCGUCAGUCAGUACAGCCAGUGUGCAUAUGCAUAUGAUUCACCAGUGCUGCCUGGUGGAGUUGCUCCCACCCAACCUCUGCAAUGCAGGCACUUGCAGCUCAGCUGGCAGGAUGAGUUUUCUGACCCUCUGAGUACAGGGGUCUCAUCCUCUCCAGGGCAGAGAAGAGCAGUAAAAUGUAUGACAAAAUAUUCUUUUUGCCCUAUAAAGCAGUGCUCGGUGUUCUGUCUCCUUGAAAUACAGAAAUGUAACAGAACAAAUGGUGUUUGGUUUACUAUAACUGUACAAAGUUUUUUAAAAAUGUUUAUUUCCUUUGGCUAUAUUUCAUGACAACUCCAUAAGCCCUUCAGAGAGCAUUUUCUGAAGGGCAGAAUCGACAUGAAAUGGUAAAAAGGAGAUUGAUGCUGGUGCUCUUAUUGUUCCCGUAUACAGUGCUUUCUUGUUGGGAGUAAAAAGCUGUCCCCACGUGAUUUUCUCCAUUUGUAUUAGAUCAUUUGCAUUCUCCUUUUUUCCCUUUCUCCUACUACUCUCUAAACUGAGCUUGAGCAUUGUCUUUCUUUUUCUGCUUAAGGACUGCCACCCCAUGUAUAAUAACGUUUACUUGAAUGAUGUCUGUGAUGCAUGGAAUAUUCAGAAAGCCUCAUGCUGUGUUUUGUUGAAGUUAUAAAGUUUAAUAUUGUGAACUUGGACACCCCUGAGAGCAAAACUAAAAUAAAGAGAACACCUGAAUGCCUUGUGUGGAGACAG